CCGAUUCCGAUCCAUCCAUCCCUUCCUCUCGGCACUCGCCUUCUGCUCUUCGUAGUCGUAUAGAACACCACUUGCCUUGGUUUCAAAAAAAAGAAAAAAAAAAGAACACCACUUGCCUCGACCUCUCCAGCGCCGGCCACACCUCGCGGGGAACCGGAAAGCUUGUUGCGCAGCUGCCACAGCCGCCGGCUGGGAAGAGGCGAGGUCUCUACUGCUCCGUGGGAGCACAAAAGCUUGGCGCGCGAUGAUGUCGUCGGUGCCGGUGCCGGAGAUGUUCGCCGUGGACCAGCACCCGUACCUCGCGCCGCAGCAGCCGGCGGCGGUGGAGCAGGAGCAGCUCUGCUACGUGCACUGCAAGUGCUGCGACACCAUCCUCGCGGUGGGCGUGCCGUGCAGCAGCCUGUUCAAGACGGUCACCGUGCGGUGCGGCCACUGCGGCAACUUGCUCUCCGUCAACCUCCGGGGCCUCCUGCUGCCGACGGCGGCAGCCGCCACCAACCAGCUCCCCUUCGGCGGCGGCCAGCAGCAGGCUCUCCUCUCCCCCACCUCCCCGCACGGCCUACUUGACGAGAUGGUGCCGCCGUUCCAACAAGCGCCGAGCCUGCCGAGUGCUGAACCGGCGAGCGCCUGCGUGAGCACCAUCACCAGCAUCAACAACAGCUGCGGCGGCGGCAACAACGCGCCGGUCAUGUCGUUCAUGGCGCCGCCGCCGCAGGUGAAACCUGCACCGCAGGAGCCGCAGCUGCUGCCCAAGAGCACGGCGUCAGGGAAUAAAUCUUCAGAGAAGCGGCAGAGAGUUCCUUCUGCAUACAACCGAUUCAUCAAAGAUGAGAUCCAGCGCAUCAAGGCCAGCAAUCCGGACAUCACCCACAGGGAGGCUUUCAGCGCAGCUGCCAAGAAUUGGGCCCAUUUCCCACAGAUCCAUUUCGGUCUCAUGCCGGAUCAGGGCCUGAAGAAGACCUCUAUCCAAAGUCAGGAGGGAGGUGAAUACAUGCUUUUCAAGGAUGGUCUCUAUGCAGCUGCGGCGGCAGCGGCAGCCGCCGCCGCAGCAUCUACCAUGGGCAUUGCUCCCUUUUGACCUUCGACCGGCGGGAAAUGAUCUACCUUUGUGCUUCUGCUUUCAUCAUAUGCUAGGGUUCUGCCUCGGACCCUCGGCCCCUCGAUAUCCCGGCAUCCCGCUGCUAGUUUAAGUACUAGCUCUAAUUAAUGUUUCCUCUCUAGAGGAUCUCGAAAUGUAUCUCAGUAACCGUAUCUAUGUGUUGUACUCUUUUUUCUGGGAAGAUGAUGUUGCCGUGCGUAUGUUGCCUCUCAUAUAUAUUAUAUGGACAUAAUUCUAGCUGGAUA